AUGAAUGAAAGAGAAACAGAGCAGGAAAAGGAAGAAGAGGGGGAAAAGGAAGAAAAAGAGAAGGAAGAGAUGAAGAAGGAAAAGAAAGAGAUAAAGAAGGGAAAGAAAGAAAAGAAGGCUACGGAAGACAAGAAGGAAAAGGAAGAAAAGGGGAAGGAAAAGAAAGAGAAGAAGAGGAAGGAAAAGGAAGAGAGGAAGAAAGCAAAGAAAGAGAAGAAGAAGGAACAGGAAGAGAAGAAGAGGGAGGAAAAGGAAGAAAAAGAUAAGGAAAAGGAAGAGAGGAAGAAAGCAAAGAAAGAGAAGAAGAAGGAACAGGAAGAGAAGAAGAGGGAGGAAAAGGAAGAAAAAGAUAAGGAAAAGGAAGAGAGGAAGAAAGAAAAGGAAGAGAAGAAAGAAAAGAAAGAGGAGAAGGAAAGAGAAAAGAAGGAAAAGAAGAAGAGAAAAGAAACAAAGAAGGAAAAGGACAAAAAAGAGAAGGGAGAUGAUGAGGAUGGACAGGUUUCUGAAUCAGUAGGGAAGAAACAGGGAUUAGACAAAAAGAAGCAAGCUAUAUAA